CAAUAUGGCUGAGCAUUUCCACGUGAACACGCCUCUGCUGGAGAGCGUCACAAUGUCCAAAGUGGUGGGAACCACUGUCUACAUGAAGAUGGAAAAUUCACAGCCCUCCGGCUCCUUCAAAAUCCGUGGCAUCGGACACCUCUGCCAGCAGCUUGCCACACAGUCCAAAGGAGUUGUCUGCUCUUCAGGUGGUAAUGCAGGUAUGGCUGCAGCCUAUACAGCCAGAAAAAUGGGCGUACCAGCCACCAUCAUAGUUCCCUCCUCGUCUCCUCAGCUGGUAGUCCAGAGACUUCAAGAUCAGGGUGCUACUGUGAAGAUUAUAGGCAAGGUUUGGGAUGAUGCGAAUGCAGAAGCUCUCAGACUGGCAGAAACUGAAGGACUAACCUAUGUUCCUCCAUUUGAUCAUCCACUGCUGUGGCAGGGCCAUGCCAGUAUUAUUGCUGAAGCCGCAGUGUGUCUGGGCCCCAGUGUGAAACCCGGAGCAGUGGUGUUGUCUGUGGGCGGAGGAGGGCUCCUCUGUGGAGUCAUCCAGGGCCUGAAGGAUGUAGGCUGGGCAGAUGUACCUGUCAUCGCCAUGGAGACGGAGGGGGCCGACUGUUUUAAUGCUGCAGUCAAAGCGGGGAAGAUGGUCACUCUAGAUGACAUCACCAGUGAGGCAAAAUGUCUCGGAGCAAAGACAGUUUGCAAGAAAGCCUUUGAAUACAGUCAGUGCAGCGAGCUCACUAUCAUCUCUGAACUGGUGACUGAUCAGCAGGCUCUGCACGCUGUCGAAACAUUCCUAGAUGAGGAGCGUGUGCUGGUGGAGAUGGCGUGUGGAGCUGCACUGGCUGCUGUCUACAGUGGAGUUGUACGCAGAUUACAAGAUGAAGGUCGUCUACCAACUCUCUUGGGCCCCCUGCUGGUGAUAGUGUGCGGAGGCAGCAGUGUUGACAUGAAGCAACUGUCCCACCUCAAACACAAACUCCAGACUUAAACUUCUGUAUAUGUGCAGGUGUGUGUGUAUAGGUACGUAGCAAUAAUAUAACUUGACAGUUUUAGGCUACAACAGCUAAAGACAUCACUGUAUUAAUGCUGUGAAUAGUGAACGGAAUUAAUAAGAUUAAUUCUGGGAAAUGAAAAAAAUACAGAACAGAAAUUAAUUUUCUAUGCUUGGAAGGAAAUAUUAUUUUUAAUUACUAAUUAAUCAUUAUGAUGUCAAGCUGCAUGGUUAGUGCUUCUUAUAUUGCAUAUGUUUAAUAUUGCAUUAAAUACAAAAAUACAUGUCCCUAGUUACAGUAGAAUUCAAUGACUAGGUUUCCCCACAUGGUGGCGUCACAGUUUACUGUUGUGAAUAUACUGUACUGACCAUCCACAGAAGCUGGGAAGGUAGAUCUUUUGAUUUGAAAUGUGCUUUUAUUGCUUCUAAAAGAUAUUUGAUGAAGUGUAGAUUUUAUCUUAAAUGAAUCAGACUUUAAUCUGAGAGUCUGAUGCAUAUCAGAAUAAUAGAUGUUCUUAUAUUUCUUAAUAAUUUGAGGAAACCAUAUGAAUAUUUUUACACAAACUCUUAGUCUUUUUCAUAUAUUUUUAUUUUUUAACAUAUAACAACAGACUUUUAAUACUGGAUUGUUACAAGCUGUCAUUUUCUACCUUCACAUUAACUUUAGUAGUCCAGUCAAUUUGUGUGAUGUGUAGGAAGAUAUUGCUAUGGAAACAACUCUUCACUGUUCUGUCUGCGUCAGAGAAGUAAGUGGCGAGAGUUGCAUUUAACUACCCGUUGAUAGUCUUAGCCUUCUAAAGUCAGACAGUUACUUAAGAUAUUAGGUUGUUCAUAAAGUGUAUGAGAAGAAAAUAAAUGGCCUUCACACUAACUUUAUAAUCACUUCAUAUCUCUACCUCGUAUAUGAGAAGCAGAAGGGCAAAUGGUUCAUUCAUCAGAAACAUUUCUUUUUAUUCAUAGAAAAACAAAUGGCCCAUAUAACCCUGUGGAAGUGAAUACUGGAGUGCUUUGUGAUGAUGUUAACGGCAGAUGUUGCAGUGCAGGCUGUGGUAUUUUUACAAGAGGUGCAUUAAACAACCACAACUGAAAUCUGUCACUCAGAAAAAACUAUUAACUCAACGUCCACUUGCUAGAUUACUGUCACAGCUUUCAGCCUCAUUUUGUGGCCGUCAUUAGCAGAUGGGUUUUCCUCAGUUGUCAUGUAGAUGGUUUGGUAGUAAUCAUGUGACCUAAGUAAAGAACUCUGGUCAUGUAAUAACAGUCUAAAGACAUUUGUCACGUUAGGACUCUGUCUUUAAACUCAUUCAGUAAAAACAUGACAGAUUGUAUUUACCAUGUUAAACAUCAUGAUAUAAUAUAAAAUAUAUCUAUCUAUCUAAUAAAUGAAUUACUUUAUCUGGUUUGAAGGUCUGGGAAAAAAGACUCAUAGACAAACUACUGUGCAGCACAUCCUACCACUGCUGUGUAUUGCUGUCCUUGCUGUCGUGUGUGAUUUAAUGUCCUCUUUCUCACAAAGGCAAAUAAACUAGAAUAAAAAAUUGCAGAACAGGA